CGAAUGGACAGCGACACCGAAACGGAUGAAGGACAACUAGGUGUCAAUGAAGAAUACGGAGGCUCACCUUCCAGCAUGUCUUCUCCAGCGUACAGACCAUCCCAAACUACAAUUCAACGACCGUUCAAGGACUCUUCAAGAAUAUCAGACUACGAAUUUCUGGGUAAGAUUGGUCAAGGUACUUUUGGACAAGUUUAUAAAGCCAGAGAUAAACUACACAAUGACUUGGUAGCCCUGAAGAGAAUUUUAACGGACAAUGAAAAGGAAGGGGUACCCAUCACGGUUAUACGUGAAAUUAAGAUAUUGAAACAACUGAACCAUAGAAAUAUUGUUCCAUUACGUGACGUUAUAGUCGAAAGAGAGAAGAGAGUUAUAUAUAUGGUGUUCCCUUAUAUGGAUCAUGAUUUGUCAAAUUUAUUGCACAACUCAAACGUUCAAUUGACCCCACCACAAAUCAAGACAUAUAUGAAGCAACUAUUGGAAGGAACAGCAUAUUUGCAUCAUAACAACAUUCUUCAUCGAGACAUGAAAGCUGCCAACCUUUUAAUCAACAAUGAUGGUGUUUUAAAGAUUGCAGAUUUCGGUCUUGCACGGGGUAUAGAAGACGAUGAUAUGGAAUAUACUAAAUCAGUUGUUACUAUUUGGUAUAGACCACCCGAGUUACUUCUUGGCGAAAGACGAUAUACCAGUGCAAUUGACAUGUGGGGUGUUGGAUGUGUAUUUGGCGAGCUUAUCAAAUCAAAGGCAAUCUUACAAGGUCAAGACGACCUUGAUCAAUUGAAAAAGAUAUUUAGCUUAUGCGGCUCACCCAAUCAGAACACCAUGCCUAAUUGGGAUCGGUUACCAGAUGCUGACAAGGUCAAGUUUGAAACAAGUACACGACAUGUUCUCGAUGAUUUCAUUAGCUUUGAUCCUUUCGCUGCUGACCUCAUCGACAAGUUGCUGGUGCUUGACCCCGAAAAACGCUUGACAGCUUUAAAAGCGCUUGAACACGAUUAUUUCUAUUAUGCUUAGUCCCCUCCCUUUUUUUUUUAAGACUGUCUCUAUAGCAAUCGCCUUUUUUUUAUUGACAUUCUAAAUUAUUUAGGCUACCCCCCUCCCCAAAUAUGAAGUAACCCACACGAAAAUAUGAUCAUCAUGGCAUAAUUAUUAGGUAUUUGAUUAUCAUUAAAUUCUUCAAGGUGUGAAAAAAAUCAA